UCUAGAGCAAACCUUGUAUCUGACUUGUGAUAUGUUACGUUUAGGUCUUGCUUUUGUUUUGUGCCUUUGUGUUUUGCCUGUCAUCCCACAAAUCAUCAGAGUUGUAGAAGUUCCGAGGCCACAAGUUCAGAGAGUUAACCGGAACUUACCAGAAACUAGGUACAACAAUGUAGAAAAUCAAGUUAUUUUGGAGUUUCUCAAGCCACGGGGGUUAGGAAUAUUUGUUCCAGGUCCGUACCCCCGCAGUAAUGUCUACAAGUUAAAGUUCCACGUCAACAUAAACAAGGAGUUUGAAGGGUGGAAGGUGGGUGAAUGGAACGAAGGAAUCAUUGUGAGAUAUGGAGCCAGGUGGCAAUACACCUUCCCUGACAUUCAGGUGAAGGAAGGAGAUGUCAUCUACUACUGGAUAGAAGCUGAAGGAGACGACUGGGAGAAGGGGUACAAGGGGAAGUACCAGGUUGGGCAACAGACUUCCCUAGACAAUAGUGUUCCUCCGGGAUGUUCUAGACUAUCCCUGACCACAUAUUCUGGAGGGAGGAAGGCUUGUGGGGGAGAAAAACUCAUCAAAUCUUACUCCCAAGUGGACCAGAAAUAUCUUAGAGAAGAGAGUCCCAUUUUUAUGAGGAGCGUCAAACAAAUUGGAGGUCUCAGCCCUGAAGAAGAAUUUACAACAUUCACAAGUGAAAAUAUUGUGAUAAAUAGAACACAUACUGCAAUCUUUCCUGGCCUGUUGGAGAUUAAAUAUGGCCCUUCAUUUGUCAAUGCCAAGAACUUCACUAUUCAGGGAUGUACCUCAGACAACCCAGAGUUGUGUUCCGCCAGUGCUGUCUCUUACUUGAUCCUGCCUCCUGUACUCAGCGGACGACACUCCUCUGAGAAGUCAUUCUCCUUCCGCUACGGCGUCGUAGAGGUGACGGCCAAACUACCCCAGGGUGAUUGGGUGGUACCAGAAUUAUGGCUUUUGCCCAAGGACAGAGCGUACAACUGGACGGACGGAUCUACUGCCAAGAUAGUGAUGGCGAUGUCACGUGGCAACGCUCGUCUCUGGGACGUGACUCAAGGCAGGGACCUGGGUAACCGAGUGUUGUACGCAGGUGUGCAGAGGAGGGGAGACGACGUCACGUUUACCAGAGAACUACGUGGGAUGUGGUCGGACCAAUACCACAGGUUCAAGCUGGUAUGGACUCCAGAGAGGAUUCAGUUUCUAGUUGACGGAGACACAAUAGGGAGUAUUCAAGCAGAUCAAGGUUUAGAUCCAAGUGCAGCGCCUUUUGAUCAAGAGUUCUACCUAGUAUUUGGGGUUCAUGUGGGAGGUAACAAAGAUUUUCCUGACACAAUCGACAACAAACCAUGGAGAAAUUUUGAACCAAAGAAUAAACUUAAGUUCUGGCAGGCCCGCAGCCAAUGGCAGCCAUCUUGGGGAAUAAACUCAGCUUUGAUGAUCAGAGAUUUAACAGUUACUGCAUUGUAAAUUAAUUUAAAUUAUUAUUUCUGUAAAUAAAUAUUUAUUCUUA